AUGGUCUGCCCUAACUCGAUCAUGUUGGCUAUGCUGCCGUGCCCCUCGGCUGACUAUAACUUAAUAGAAUCGAUCUGGGCUGCGAACCCUACCACCACGAGGGGCCAGCCCACCCAGCUCUCGUCGGACGCCAAGGGUGAACGACUUGCAUAUGCGGCCAACAAGUCCAUCUUUUUGCGCUCCAUCGACAACCCCGCGAUCGCCAGGCAGUACACAGAACACAAGGCCCAGACAACAGUCGCCCGUUUCUCCCCUUCCGGCUUCUAUGUGGCAAGUGGUGAUGCGACCGGUAUUGUGCGUGUUUGGGACUGCAUCGGAGACGGCCUCACCAAGGGUGAAUACAGCAUUGUGAACGGCCGCAUUAACGACCUUGCCUGGGACGGCGACUCCCAGCGCAUCAUUGCGGUUGGUGACGGCAAGCAGCGAUAUGGGCACUGUAUCACCUGGGACAGUGGUAACACGGUCGGCGAGAUCUACGGACACACACAACAAAUCAACUCCGUCUCUAUCAGGCAACAGAGACCGCUGCGAGCGGCGGCGGCCGGUGACGAUAAAAACCUCGUUUUCUACCACGGCGCGCCAUUCAAGUUCAACUCAGGUAUCCGAGACAAGCACACCAAUUAUAUUUAUGGUGUUGGCUUCAGCCCCGACGGCUCGACCCUUGUCAGUGUCGGUGCUGACCGGAAGAUCUGGCUCUACGAUGGCAAGACUGGCGAGCCGAGAGGUCAAAUUGGAGAAGGAGAGCACAAAGGAAGCAUCUUCGCUGUCUCGUGGGCUAGAGAUUCGCGCAAGUUUGUAACUGCUAGCGCUGACAGGACCGUGAAGAUCUGGGAUGUGGAAGCGGGUAAGGUUACCCAGAGCUGGGAUAUUGGAGAAGAAGGAAUGUCAAACGUCCGAGAUCAGCAAGUUGGGGUGGUGUGGCCUCCGGCCAGAAGUGAUAACCUGCUCAUCAGCCUCUCGUUGAGCGGGGAUCUGAACUACCUGGUGGAAGGCACUCCCCAGCCGCGGCAGGUGAUCCAGGGCCAUCAGAAGAACAUCACGUCCCUGACUCAGUUUCGCUCUGGCAACGACACGGAAACAUUAUGGUCGGGCAGCUUUGAUGGAAGGGUUUGCCAUUGGGAUGUUCCGACGGGAACUGCGGAAGAGGUGGAAGGAGACGGCCAUACAGCCUACAUUGCCGGUCUUACUCCGACUCAGGAAGGCGCCGGACGCAUCUACAGUGUCGCUUGGGAUGACACAAUUCGCUCUGUUGAUCUUGGUGCUAAGACCUACACCGGUGUUUCGUCCAAGUUGUCUGGCCAACCUAAGGGCAUCGCAGCUGCGAAGGACAAGGUUGUAGUAGGGACAACCGAGAGCGUGGAGACCUAUCACGAUGGGCAGAAGAUCGGUGAGUUCAAGCCUCAGUUUGCCGUGACGACAGUUGCAGCCCAUAAGAACUUGACUGCGAUCGGUGGCGAGGACUCGUCCGUCCAGAUCUGCGACAUCUCAGCCCAGGGGUUAAUCCCCAAGACCGAGUUCAAGGCAACGCGGAACGCAAUUUCGGCCUUGUCAUUCUCGCUGGACGGAUCGCUCCUGGCGGUUGGAGAUUCCCGGGGCCGAGUGCUGGUCUACAAGGCUGCCGAUGGCCAACUAGUCACCGACCGUUGGACGGCGCACACCUCCCGAGUCACCUCCAUCGCGUGGAACGAGGACAAUACCCAUGUUGUUAGUGGAGGCCUCGAUACCAACAUCUUUGUGUGGAGCUUGACGAAACCGGGAGACUGGGUGCAAGUAACAAAUGCCCACAAAGAGGGCGUGAAUGGAGUUGCUUGGAUUGCAGGCGGAUCUAAGAUUGCCUCGGCUGGAGCGGAUGCAGCGAUCAAACUCCGAUAUGCGACCUUCGUCCUCCCACGAACUGGUCAGCGACUGAAAGGUCUUAUUCAUCUACGAAAUCCGGAUUCCGGUUUGCAUGGCAACAGCGAAGACGACGAGCGCCGAGCGCUUCUGACCGGCGAGAUUGCUGCCCCUCGCAGAGGUCUAUCGGCGCGUCUGUGGGGUCAUAUCACAAGUAUUGGCCAGCAAGCGCAUGAGUUUCUCUCGUCAGAACUGGGGAUUGGCGUCUUGAAGUGUAGUCUAGCUUAUUUGCUUGGCUCCCUUGCAACCUUCGUGCCCGCUAUAUCCUCAUUCUUGGGCCAUCAAGAUGGCAAACAUAUGGUGGCUACGGUCACUGUGUAUUUCCAUCCUGCGAGAUCGCAGGGGAGCAUGUAUAAGGCCUUGAUCUGUGCCUUUGCCGCUUUUCUUUACGCCGCACUUGUCUCCGUAACCAGCAUGUUCGUCUCGAUGUUCUUUCAAGACACCUUAAAUUUGGUUCUCCUUGGUCACGCCGUUGUUUUAGUCGUGUUCUGUGGAGGUGGCCUGGGCUUCAUUGGAUGGACGAAGCAGAGAUUUGGUGACCCUCUUGUGAAUGUCGCAUGCUCGUUGGCGUCGCUUUCCACCAUCACGGUCUUGACAAAAGAGGGCGCGGUGCAGAGCGGUGAUUUGUCAUUUGCAAAGAUCUCCCAAGUCCUGAAGAUGGUGGUCAUGGGCGUAACGGCCUCCAUGGCAGUGUCUUUCCUGAUCUUCCCAAUCUCGGCACGAAAGCAACUGCGGUCAAACCUCACUACGGUCACGGAGACUUUGGCAACAAUGUUGGCUUUGAUCACCGAGAGCUUUCUGAGUGGCUCGGAAGAGGAGCUUCAGACUGCGGAAUUUCUCGAGGCCGCCGCACGCCAUAAAAAAGCGUACGGUCAGCUGGACAAGCUUGUGCGUGAAGCUAAAAUGGAGCAUUUCGUUGUAGGCACCGAAAAGGAAUACAGACUAGAAAAGACACUGGUCCGCUGGGUCCAGGAUAUCACACACAAUCUAGGCGGUUUGCGCAGUGCUGCUCAUUUACAAUUCCAGCUGCUCAAGCAAACCCAAGCUACCGAGACUGCACACCAGGGGUCGGACGUCAAUUUCGGACUCGGUGCUGGCCCGCUACCCAGUCCCUGGUCAUUGCAUGAGGAUUGUCCCUUUCUGGAACCCAUCUACGAGAGGCCAGAAGAAGAGAUGUUGGAGGCAACGGGGGGGGACGGGUUCGAUUUCAAUGCAGAGAAUGGUACCAGUCCUGAACUCGAACAAAUUCUCCACCCGGCGGACAUCUUUGCUAUAUUUAUCAGUCACCUGGGGCCCUCAAUGGAGAUAUUUCGCGAUAUUCCUUUCAAGCCAGAAUCUGACUAUCGAGUAUCAAUUAAUAGCAAAUACCGCUCGAGUCUCGAUAGAGCACUACUAUUAUAUCGAGAUUCACGGGAAGAGGCGCUCAAGACCAUCUAUCGGCAACGAGAAGUCCUCGGGAUUCAGACACUGGAAGUUGAGGCUGACCUGGAGGAGGUGUCUGCCAGCUGCGGGCAUUUCAGUUUUUCGUUGCUUGAAUUUGGAGAACAGCUGAAAGAGCUUCUCGCCAUCUUGGAUGAGCUACAGCUCGAGAGCGAGGAGAGGCCCGAUGGCCGAUCAUGGAAUUGGCUCAAAUUCUGGCGCUGGGUCUUCGGCGGAGGUCCAAAGAGGGACAUGAUGGAUGUCACGAUGGAGCAGGCUCAUCUAGGCGAGCCCAACCUCCUCAAGCCGCCUCGUGGUUCGAGCGGGUCAUCCAAUGUCACCGCAAUCAGUCUUGCAGAACAGAGACUUGGCUAUCGUUUGUGGCGUUCCCUUGGGGUUUUCCGCCGGGACGACACCAAGUUUGCGAUCAAAGUCGGCACUGGCGCUGCGCUUUAUGCCUUGCCUGCAUUCAUCCCGUCCACUCGACCCGUUUACGGCCAUUGGCGAGGCGAAUGGGGUCUGCUCUCGUACAUGUUGGUCUGUUCUAUGACCAUCGGAGCCUCGAAUACGACGGGAUACGCACGGUUCCUCGGUACCUGCUUGGGCGCAGGUUGUGCGAUUCUCUCAUGGUAUGCUACUGACGGAAACGUUUUUGGCCUCGCAAUUCUAGGCUUGCUCAUGGCUAGUUGGAACUUCUACAUCAUCAUCGUGCGAGGUCAAGGGCCAAUGGGCCGAUUCAUCAUGCUAACAUAUAAUCUCUCGGUCCUCUACGCCUAUUCACUUGCUCAGAAAGAAGGAAGGAAUGAUCAAGAUGAAGGAGGGGACAGCCCCAUCAUCACCGAGAUUGCCCUGCAUCGUGUGGUUGCUGUUCUAUCGGGCUGUCUCUGGGGUAUUAUCAUUACGAGGAUGAUCUGGCCGAUCAGUGCACGUGAGAGGCUAAAAGACGGACUGAGUCUGCUCUGGCUUCGCAUGAGCUUGAUCUGGAAGCGUGGCCCCUUGUCCACCAUGGCCAACCCGAAGGAGUCUGCGGGAUUCAUGAGCGCCCGGGAGAAGUUAGAAGUCGAGCGAUUCCUGUCACAUCUGGAGUCUUUGCAAGCCUCCGCUCGUUCGGAGUUUGAAUUAAGGAGUGCUUUUCCCGAUGCUAGCUAUGGCAAUAUUCUUCGUCGGACGCGCAGCAUGGUGGGCGCUUUCGUUGCCAUCAACCUUGAACUGGUCAAAAACAUGACGGCGUCCGAGGGAGAGUUAUCUAUUCUACGAUACACCGUGAAGGAGAGGCAGCAGCUCUCCCAUCGUAUCAGUCAUUUGCUGACAGUUAUGGCCUCUUCAAUGAAGCUGGAGUAUCCUCUAAGCGAUGCUCUGCCGAACGUUGAGCACGCCCGAGAUCGGCUCCUGGCGCGUCUUUUUCACUAUCGUAAAGACCCUGAAGCAUCUCGAAUGUCGACCGAUGAAGACUACGCUCUGUUGUAUGCAUACGCCCCCGUGCCCCGUCGCGCUUCCGCGAGCACCGCAGUCAUGCAGAUCGACCCGGCUGCUCUGAGUCGGCCAGACUCGGCAGCGACCACAAUUACCUCGUCCAAAGGUUCUGCGACCAGUGCUCCAGCACUGCAGAAGUCGACUAAGGCGCUCAUCGCCGUUCCGCGACUGGACCUUGAACCUGUCUACACGGAGCUCAAAGCCGCCAUCGGCGACCACUGGGCCGAGUACCAAGAGGCUACCACUCUUUUCCUCCUUGGACAACUAAAUCAAAGUGAACUGUCAUCGCGCGUCGAUCAUAUAAUAUGCGCCGACCAAAAAACCGAGCACCUCCACAAUAACUUUAUCUGCGCGAUUAUCGGAAACUUGACCCGAGAUCUCCCCGACCAUGGAGUCGCUAGUUGGGUAUCCGCAAAUGACAAGCCCUCAGUGGUGUCGAAACCGACUUCGGGGGACGCUGCCGAACAGAGACUCAAAACAGAGGUCAUGCAGCUGCCUCCGCGGGACCGGCGCAGACUUAAGGCUAUACCCGAGCGUGAUCCUAACGAUAUCUCGUCCAAUGAUCUGGUCGAAUACCACCUGGCGAAGCAGAUUAAAUUGCCGAGCCAGGUACCUGCCAGCGCCGGGGGGUUAAACAAGACAAAUUGGGAGCUGGAAAUUCGAAAACGCUAUGCGCAACCCCUAGCAUCUGAGACCGGCGAGUUUCCAGAUGCCGAAUCAAUUCAUGCACGCAUGGUUCCUAUAUGCUACGAAGAGUCUAUAGUCAGUGGCGCAAGCUUACCCUGUGCGGAGUAUAUGGCCAUUGCAACAGAAACAUUCGUCAAGGAAGUCUUGUCAGUGGUUUUCUCGCGAACCAGGUCUAACGGCCCUUCGGGAACCAUCAAUGGCAUGAUGAUGCGCAAGUAUCGACAACAACUAGAGCGAGAAGAAUUGGCUUUCACGAGAGGCGAAAUUGUCAAAGAUAGUGCAACCGGGUUAUUGCCUAUUGAAGCUAAGGAGGCAAGUGUCCGAAAGCCACUGGGGGUUCGGGACCUGCGGCUAGCACUAGAGCUCGGCAGCGGUGUUCUCAGCCAUAUGCCCCUGCUUGUGGACCAGAUUAUGGGCGGCUAUUUCGAAGAUGAACACGAGGCAGAAAGACAUGGUUCAAUUGACGACGUUGUAGAGAUCACGAAUGACGACUCUGGACAGGAUUUCUUCUCCGAUGAGAUGGACAUUGACGACAUCGACUCCGAUUGGGAGGGAGGCACAACGGCUGAUAGGGAGCACUUGGGUACUUUGUUGGAUGAGUGUCUAUCCAUGGCCGCGUGA